AUGUUGAGACUAGAAAUAGGUGCGGAUACCAUCGGAGAAAUGAGAGGAACACCUGCACACUUGGCCAGUACCAUGGCGAUGCCAUUUAUGAUUGGUCCUGGCACAAUCAGUGCGGCUGUCGUAACAGGAGCGACUUAUGCUGCGACGGAAGCAACAACAGAGCAAACAAAUGCUUUACCCAUGAUCGUUGUCACAGCAGAAAACAAUACAGAAAAUAGCUACACUAAAAAGAAUGCCAGUACAUCGACUAAACUCGAUUUGAGUGUAAAAGAAACCCCACAAUCUGUUUCAGUGAUUACACGAAAACAAAUCGAAGAUAUGGGUGCGACAAAUUUGGGUGAUGCACUAUUAAAUACAACAGGGAUUUUACUAACAGGGGAUAAUACGGAGAGGACCAACUUUUCUAUCCGAGGCUUUAAUGUUGGAGAUGGUUGGAAUUCAAAUAUAUUGCAAUAUGAUGGUGUUGCUGUAAAUGCAAGUAAUGUCACCUCAUCUAAACCAGAUAUGGCAACCAUUGAAAGUAUUGAAGUAUUACGAGGGGCAGCUGGGUUAAUGCAAGGUUCAGGAGACCCGUCUGGUGCAAUUAAUCUUAUUCGUAAAAAACCAACAGAAGUUUUUCAGGCGAGUGGUGCUGUCAGUUAUGGUUCAUGGAACACAGUACGUGGAGAAAUGGAUGUUUCUGGUCCAUUGAAUCAAUCUGGAAGCGUGCGUGGUCGUUUAGUGGUGGCAGGUCAAGAUGGUGAUUCAUUUAUGAAAUCUGUUACUCGUGAUUCUAAUGUUUUGUAUGGAAUCGUGAGCAGUGAUUUAACUGAAAAUACGCUAUUGAAUAUUGGAUAUUCACGUCAAGGUGAACAUGCAGUUCCCGUAAAUACAAUUCCUAACUAUUUCAAUGGUCAAAAAAUAGGUAUCGAUAAUUCCAACUGUGGUUGUGAUUACAGAGAUUUUUGGGAUAAAACCAAUAGACAAGCUUUCUUAGAUAUAAGCCAUAAAUUUAAUAAUGGAUGGGAAGUAAAAGCCAGCUAUAUGAAGGCAAACUAUGCCAUGGAUAUGGCAUUUACUUCAUUGAGCGUGGCUCCAAAAACCACAAGUGCUGAUGAUGCUUUAGCAACUGUUUAUAAGUACGGAUAUAACUAUGAGCAAAAAUUAGAUAUUUAUGAUUUUUUUGCAAAAGGGACAUAUCAAUUAUUCGGUCGUGAGCAUGACUUGGUAUUUGGUGCAAAUCACAGUAAAAGUAAUAUUACAGGGGCAUGGACAAGUUGGGACCAAGUGCUAGAAGAUUAUAGUUUGGUUGGUGGAGGGGAAACACCGACACGUGACUAUUUAUACGUCAAUAUUAAAAAUUACAGUCCUUAUCAGUUACCUUAUAUCGCACCACGUUAUCAAAAUACCAGCGCUGAUCAGGUACGCCAGACAGGAUACUACCUCACCACUCGUUUAAAUAUUAUUGAUCCGCUCAAAGUUAUUGCAGGUGUGCGUCAAAGCAAUUAUGAAAGUGUCAAUGAAUAUAAGAAAUCAAAUAUUUUAACACCAUACUUUGGGCUUACUUACGCUAUCAAUGAUGCAUUGACUGCAUAUGCGAGUUAUACCGAUACUUUUGUUGUGCAAAAUGUCAAAGAUCGUAAUGAGACAUUACUUGAUCCAGUACAGGGGAAUGUUUAUGAAAUCGGGUUAAAAGCAGGGCUUUGGGAUGAUCGUUUAAUUGCAUCAGUUGCAGGGUUUAAAACCAACCAAAUUAAUCGCUCAAUACGAGAUGAAAGCACCAAAGGCCAAUGCCCAUUUAAUGGUGGCGAGGCUUAUUGUAAUGUUGCAUCGGGUGAGGUGAUCAGUAAAGGAAUUGAAACUGAGAUUCGUGGUGAAAUUAUACCCAAUCUUAAUCUAAGUUUUGGCUAUACAUACAAUACUACGGAAUAUGCGAACGAUCCUACAAAUCAAGGUUUGGUUUUUAAUGAGGAUACGCCUGAACAUAUUGCACGUUUAUUUGCGACCUAUAAGUUUGCAAAUAAUUUAAUCCUAGGCGGCGGUGCAAAUUAUCAAAGUACUUGGAAAGUGGGUCGUUAUAGCGAACAUCCUUAUCGUCAGCCUGGAUAUACGAUUGCUAACUUGGUGGCAAGCUAUCCACUAAGUGAUAAAGUGAAUAUUGCAUUGAAUAUCAAUAAUAUUUUUGACAAAGAAUAUUAUUCACAAAUUGAUACUUAUGGCGACAUUCGUUUCGGUAAUCCUAGAAAUGCAAGGCUCACCUUACGUGCAAAGUUUUAA